AUGCAUUGUAUUAUUUCAGCUGCGGUGCCUGCACACGCCCGCCUCGGGAGUACUGCCUUUCUGUCGUGGAAAUUACCCCGACCUGGACUCGGAGAAUUUACAGUGCGACGGUUAUCUUCGAAAUCUCUGUUCCACAUAACUGACUACAAUCAAGUGAAUGUCACUGACAGAUACAAGUCCAGAGCUGCAUUCACCGGGAGAGUGAAUUCUUCAGGAUCUGGGGUGUUCAGCUUCGAGCUGUAUAAUGUGGACUGGCCAGACAGUGCAGAGUACAGAUGUCACAGAGGGUCACCAGGCUCGCCCGGGUCAAGAGUGUACGACUGUGGUCAACGGCUAUUUGUAAAAUAUAUUGCGGAUCCCUACAUCGUCGCCCCUCAGACAGUUGAAGCCGAUAAAAUUGUCACGCUGACAUGUUACGUCGCCGUGAAAGGGUAUUUACAGACAUCAAUUACUUGGGGUUGGAGGCGGAAUGAAGUCGAAGUGGCAAACAUAGAAAGACUUCCUUUGGCAGUUUCUAAGUUACAUGGAGACUAUUACUACCACAAGGGUUCUCUGACCGUCAGUGAUGGUACCAGAGGCAGAUACACGUGUAAAGCUGAACUGGUGGGAUGGGAUGUUCAGUCUGAAUGGAGUGAAGAAUCUGAAUUGUCUACAAACUCAAAGAUGGAAAAAGUCCCGAACUACACACAAGUGCGUGAAGGUGAUCAUGCCAUGGUAGCCUGGAAGAUGCCUCGUUAUCGAUAUGAAUUCUACAUCAUGACACCUAGUGGGGAUAAGUUUAUGGCUGUGGAUGCCAAUAAGGUCUACAUACUUCCUAAGUACUGGCUCAGAACCAGGAUGGUGGAGGUUGUUACCUCCCGUAACACCAGCACCUAUGUCUUUUGUCUCUACAAUGUUUCACUAGCUGAUGCUGGAAGGUACACCUGCAGGAGAGAGGAAAAAGGUGCAACCAAGAUCUCCCUGACUCGGUGUAUACACGACCUAUUUGUCUCAAGUCAUAACGCCACAGCAACAAAGCCAGUUAUGACAUCGCCGAAUAAGUAUGGAUAUGCCGUUCUUAUAGGAAUCCUGGUAGCGGUUCUCAUAUUGUAUUUGUUAACAAACGGUAAGACCAAAUUUGAUCGCGUGUAUUCUUUGGAGAUCAUCUAUUCGGAAUAAGUACCUGUAACUCUUACACUGAAAGACCUCUUCCGUGGUCCAGUGGUAGAGCAUCC